AUGAUUUUGAAAAAACAAAGGCUAAUAUUCGUGUGCCUCUUUGUUUUCACAUUUCAUAAUGGUCAUACUGUUGACAGAAGUAACUUCAAGACAUGUGAGCAAAGUAGUUUUUGCAGGCGAUGUCGCAAAAUGGAGCCUGGUAAAUCUAGUUAUGAAGUUGAUUUAGAUACACUUUCUGUUUCGGAUAACCAAUUACAAGUUCAAUUAGUGAACACCGAACAGGAAAAUGGAGUAAGAUUUACUUUAAAACUCACUCCCUUGAAAGAUGACACCCUCAGAUUACAGGUUGAAGAAUUAAAACCAUUAAGGCAGAGGUUUGUGCCUCCAGAAGUAUUGGUUGGUGAUUUGGAAACUAGUAAGAGGUUUUCAUUGUUGUCUAAGACAGGAAAUCUAGUUGAGCUUCAAUUCGAGAAUUAUAUUGUUGAGAUUCAUUCUGUUCCAUUUAGACUAGAUAUAAAGCAUGAUAAUCAGGUUUUAAUUUCAGUAAACCCUAGAGGUUUGUUUCGAUUUGAGCACACUAGAACAAAACCAGAUCAGAGAGAUGAAAAUGAGGAUCCUGGUUUAUGGGAAGAAAACUUUAAGUCACAUCAUGACAGCAAGCCAUUUGGUCCUACAGCAGUUGCGAUGGAUGUUUCAUUUGUUGGGGCUCGGAUGGCCUAUGGAUUGCCUGAACAUGCUGACUCAUUUGCUCUUCGAACAACUAAGAAAGGAGAUCCGUACCGUUUUUAUAAUCUGGAUGUCUUUGAAUAUGAAUUAGAUCAUUUUAUGGCUCUUUAUGCUGCAAUUCCAUUUCUUGUUGCUCAUAGUGAAGAACAUACUACAGGAUUGUUCUGGAUGAAUCCUUCUGAAACUUGGGUUGAUAUUGUUUCUGAUACAGACAAUGUAGUUUCUUCAAUUGUAAAUUUUGUGUCUGGUCAUCCAAAACCACAAGUGGAGACACACUUUAUGUCAGAAAGUGGCAAUAUUGAUGCAUUUUUCACUUUAGGUCCACGUCCUCAUGAUGUUUUUAGGCAAUAUACAGUUCUUACUGGUACUGCUCCUAUACCACCUGAAUUUGCUCUAGGAUACCACCAAAGCCGUUGGAAUUAUAAUGAUGAACAAGAUGUUGAUAGUGUCGAUAAAAACUUUGAUAAACAUGAUAUACCAAUGGACGUGAUGUGGUUGGAUAUUGAACACACAAAUGGAAAAAGAUAUUUCACUUGGGAUCCCGUAAAAUUCCCUAACCCAAUUGAAAUGCAGCAGAAUUUAACUGCAAGAGGUAGGAAAUUAGUUGCCAUUGUAGACCCACACGUAAAAAGAGAUCCUGGAUAUUUCCUACAUAAUGAUGCUACUAAUAAUGGCUAUUAUGUGAAGAAUAAGGAUAAUACUGAUUAUGAAGGUUGGUGUUGGCCCGAUGCAUCUUCCUACCUGGAUUUUCUCAAUCCAGAAGUUAGUGCAUACCACGCAACUAGAUUUAGAUUAGACAAAUAUGAAGGAUCAACUGAAGAUAUGUUCAUAUGGAACGAUAUGAAUGAACCAUCUGUAUUCAAUGGUCCUGAAGUUACUAUGCCUAAAGAUAACUUACACUUUGGAGGAUGGGAACAUAGAGAAGUCCAUAAUAUAUGGGGCCUUGUUCAUGUUAAGUCUACAUAUGAAGGAUUAAUGAAUCGGAAAGAUGUUGAAAAACCAGAAGAUAUAAAAAGGCCUUUUAUUUUAACAAGGUCAGGCUUUGCUGGAAGCCAACGUUAUGCUGCCAUAUGGACUGGUGAUAAUGCUGCCCAGUGGAGUCAUCUCGCUUCUUCUAUUCCUAUGUUAUUAUCUUUCGCCAUUUCUGGAAUGUCAUUUUGUGGAGUGGAUGUGGGAGGUUUCUUUGAAAACCCUGAUCGUGAGAUGUUUAUGAGGUGGUAUCAGGCAGCUAUUUUCACGCCGUUUUUGAGAGCUCAUUCACAUAUUUUCACAAGAAGGAGGGAACCCUGGUUGUUCGAUGAUGAAGUAACAGCUAGUGUUCGAGAAUCAUUACGCCUUCGCUACUCUUAUAUUCCCUACUGGUAUACUACUUUUUAUCAGCACAAUAAAACUGGUGCACCUGUAAUUAGGCCAUUAUGGGCUGAAUUUCCUGAAGAAUUAGAUACAUUUUCUAUAGAAAAUGAAUAUUUAGUUGGUAACGCAUUGUUGACCAGGCCUGUUACAGAAGCAGGAGUUAAGGAGGUGUCAGUUUAUUUUCCAGGUGCCAAUACUGUGUGGUAUGAUAUUGAAACCUAUCAACCGUAUAAACAUGGUUCUUCAAACAUUGCCACUCCUAUAACAAAGAUACCUGCAUUCCAAAGAAGUGGAACUGUUAUACCAAGAAAAAUGAGAGUUAGGAGAGCUAUUCCCUUGAUGAAAGAAGAUCCCAUAACACUGAUAGUGGCACUUGAUAAUCAGGGUAAAGCUAAUGGUUAUUUAUAUGUAGAUGAUGGAACAACCUUUAGACAUGUUUACAGAAAGGAUGGCUCCAGUUAUAUUCAUUAUGAGUUUUCUGAUAACAAAUUCUCAUCGAACUUGAUUGGUGAUAAUCGCUACUCUACUCAAUCUUGGAUUGAAAGAAUUGUCAUUCUAGGUUUGAAACCAGGAUCUUAUAAGGCUUUAGGGUCUGUUGGUAAUCAAGAAAAGUCUUUAGAGACUGUUUAUGAUGACUCCAAGAAAGCACUUACAAUCAGGAAACCAGGUUUCAAUGUUGCCAAGCAAUGGUCUAUCAAGUUGGUGUAG